AUGCUGCUGCUGUGGCUCAUCGGCGCGGUGUUCACCCCCGCGGAGGAGAAGGGCGGGGUGCUGGCGCUUGUGAUUCUGCGCCACAUCCGGCCGUGGGUCUACAUCACCGCCGGCUUCUACCACCCGUACCUCGUCCAGCUGGCGUUCGUCCUGCCGCUGGCCUUUGGACUGGCGAAGCGGGUGGAGCCUGAUCUCGGCGCUCUCAACCUCGUGCGUCUGCUGUUGUUUGCCAACACUGCGGCGGCGGUCGUGCUGUUCGUGAACCUCUUCGUGCUGUACAUCAUCUUCCGGAACCCCGUCUACCUGGAGGCGAGUUUCUCGGGCUUCACGGGUGGAAUCACCGCGUUGCUGGUGGCCUUCAUGAAGCCGGCGCCAUUUGCAACCGCACCGUUGUUCCCGGGUUUCUAUCCGCUGGUGGCGAGUACCGUUUUCACGUUCUGCACUAUGGCCGGCAUGGCCUUCUCAGCUGUCCCGUCGGUUAGCCUCAUGCUACUGAGUGCUGGGCCCUUCUCGGUUCUGGGAGGCUACUUUGGGUGGUACUACCUGCGCUUCCUCAACAAGAACCGCGACCAGACUGUUGGGGACGUACCGCUUGUUGGACCCCUCGCAAACUUCUGCUUCAGCGUGGUCAAGCUCUGCGGAUUCUUCAAGAAGCGGACUGCGCAGAAGCCCAAAAUGCUCCCAAUCCUUACGGAGAUCAAGAAUGACCCGAUCGCUGAGCGUCGAAAAGCGCGUGCGAUGAAGGCGCUGGACGAGAAGUUGGCUAAGCUAGCUCACGCUCGCAAUGACAACGGACACUCGUCACUGUUGUCUGUGGACGUGGCUGAUGACGAGAACUAA